CGCGCCCACGCCCGUAUAAAACCCCUCGCCGUCGUCUCGCCUCGCCGCCCCAACCCGCCUCGUCGCCGCCACCGCCGUCGCCGCCGCCACCACCGCCGUCGCCGCCGAUCGAUCGAUCGGAAGAGGUUUCUCGCGAAGGUUUCUCGGUUCGGAAUGGCUCUCCCUGACCCCGCGGCCGUGGGGUACCCCUCCUUCAAGCUCAUCCUCGUCGGCGAUGGCGGCACCGGGAAGACGACGUUCGUGAAGAGGCACAUCACCGGGGAGUUCGAGAAGCGCUACGAACCGACGAUCGGGGUGGAGGUGCGGCCACUGGACUUCCACACGAGCCGCGGCAAGGUGCGGUUCUGCUGCUGGGACACCGCCGGCCAGGAGAAGUUCGGCGGCCUCCGUGAUGGAUACUAUAUCCAUGGUCAUUGCGCGAUCAUCAUGUUUGAUGUCACCUCGCGUCUCACGUACAAGAACGUUCCCACCUGGCACAAGGACAUCUGCAGGGUCUGCGACAACAUACCGAUCGUGCUGUGCGGCAACAAGGUGGACAUGAAGAACAGGCAGGUGAAGGCCAAGAUGGUGACCUUCCACAGGAAGAAGAACCUCCAGUAUUACGAGAUCUCUGCCAAGAGCAACUACAACUUCGAGAAGCCUUUCCUCUACCUUGCCAGGAAGCUCACAGGGGACAUGAACCUUCGGUUCGUCGAGGAGUUGGCCCUCCUCCCCGCCGACGUCACCAUCGACCUCAUCGCGCAGCAAAAGAUUGAGACAGAGAUAGCUGCUGCUGCGGCGAUGCCUCUCCCGGACGAGGACGAGGAUGGACUGAUGGACUGAGCUCAUCGGAGGCCAUGCUUAGAUUAGGACUCGAACUUUAGGUGAUCAUGAUAGACUUGUUAAUGGCCGUGUUAAGAAAUUCAGUAGAGUAGGAUGAAGCUGGUUUAGUAUUUGUUUCUGAGGUUGCUCCUGGCGUUACUGGAUGAAUGAAUCAACGCGAAUGCUCUUCUAGUCUGCUGUGUAAAUUUCUUUACUGGAGUAAUGAAAUAAGGUUGGAUUUAUUCAGUUUUAUUAAAAA